AUGUAUUCAGCAGACUUGUAUCCAAGAAGCUUGCAUGGAUUAUGGAAUGAACGUGCGGGGUCGUCGUCUAUUUUUAAGCCAACGUCUAGCACUCGAAAUAGAGCAGACUCGAACCAAUUGAAGCGACUAUAUGCGCCGCCUUUAUCAGCUUAUACGGCCGAUUUUUCUGGACCUGAUCCUCUUCGGCUUGAAUAUCUGUUGAAGUCAAGAUCUGAUGGUUUUAAUAGGAUAGAAGACCUAGGUCCGUUGCUUUGCUUGAGGAAUCACCAAAUGGAAAAGGUUAGAACUACAGGUUAUUCAGUAUUAAGGCCUUUGGGCAUUGGAAGAACUAUGGAAGAAUUACAAUUUGCCAACUCUCAGUUGAGUCAUAUCGAUGAUGUAUCAGCAAACAAUAUUGCAGAAGAAAAUUCCAAUGAUGGCGAGAUGAACACCUUGCCUUUGAAUCUAGAGGCGGCGAAUACAAAUAGUAAUCACGAAAUUGACUUGGAUGCACAAAUAUUGAACGCUGACGAGCUCAAUUCAGAGAAUAACGACGAUGAUGAUGAUGAUGAUGAUGAAUACGACAACGACAACGACAACGAUAAUAACAACGACGAGGAGGAGGAAGAGGAAGAGGAAGAGGAAGAUGGUGAUGAUUUUCUAGAUCGCGAUUCGGAACCGGAGGAAUCCAAUUUGAGAGCUAGAAAGCGAUCAAUAGUUACUGAUGAAGAAGGGUUUAUGGCUUCCGAAGUAGAGUACCAAGAUGGCUACAGUUUAUUGUCCGAUACUAAUACAAACAUGGUAAUGAGUAGCGGGGCAACUACGGGAUUGUUUUCGAAUCAAGCUGGCGAAACUCGAACUUCCACUACCAACCCCACAACUGCCGCGUCAAUUCGAACCGAAGAGCAUGAGUUUUUCAAUGAGAAUGAUUACUCAGAACAUGAUAUGCUCGUGGAUUGA